GAAAUGCUUUUGGUUUUUUUCAGGUUUUGUUGGAGUUAUCUCCAUGCUGUUCUUGUCAUUGCACAAGAAUCUGCAUAUUGUAUUUGCAUUGCUGUUGAUGACUGCAGGAAGUGCUGGAGUGGCAAUAGCAGAUGUUACUGUUGAUGCUUGUGUGGCACAGAAUAGUGGUACCCAUCCUUCCCUUGCAGCUGACAUGCAAAGCUUGUGUGCUUUAAGUUCUUCUAUUGGUUCACUGGUUGGAUUCUCUUUAAGUGGUAUCUUUGUUCACUUAAUUGGCCCCAACGGGGUGUUCGGCUUGUUGUCCAUACCAGCUGGGCUUGUCUUGUUAGUUGGUGUUUUGCUCAAGGAACCACAGAUGCCAAACUUUGCUUAUCAACAGGUAACUCUGAAGUUUCUUGAUGCUGCUAAAGCUAUGUGGAAUACACUGAUAUGCCCAAAUGUGUGGGGACCAUGUUUAUAUAUGUACUUAUCCUUUGCAUUAAGUUUAGACAUCUAUGAAGGAAUGUUCUACUGGGUUACUGAUCCAGAGGCAGGUCCAGCUUUGUCUAAGGAGAGCAUGGGUUUUGUUAUGGCAGUUGGCUCUGUUGGCUCUCUUUUAGGAGCUGUUCUGUAUCAGUACGGAUUGAAAAAUCAUCCCUUUCGGGACCUACUCUUCUGGACUCAGUUACUAUAUGGCUUAUCAGGAAUGCUGGAUUUGGUGCUGGUUCUGCGCUUGAACUUACAAUAUGGGAUUCCUGAUUAUUUCUUUGUGGUAAUUGAUGCAAGUGUUUCUCAGAUGAUUGGACGGCUUAAAUGGAUGCCGCUUCUAGUUUUAAGCUCCAAACUUUGUCCUCCUGGAAUAGAAGGAACCUUUUUUGCCUUGCUAAUGUCAAUUGACAAUGCUGGACUUAUGUCAGCCUCAUGGGUUGGAGGCUUCUUGCUUCAUAUACUGAAUGUCACAAGGACAAGAUUUGAUAAUCUCUGGCUGGCCAUUUUGAUUCGGAACUUCUUGAGAAUCGCUCCACUAACUCUGCUGUUUCUGGUCCCUAGAGCUGAUCCCAAUGCUUCCAUUCUUCCAGACGAAGUUACAAGCUCAAAAGAGGGCUCUGAACCUACAGUAACAGAAAAUGUUGAACUUGUUAGCCUUGUUAAAGAGGGAGAUGAUUAGUUAGGCUUAUAGCAUAUAUCAGACCUUAAAAUGGUUAUAUACUAUAGUUGAUAUACACGGAUAUUCAAGAAACAGGCUUAAAUUUUCUCUGAGAUUCUUCCCAUUUUACAAUUUCAGAUUUAACAAUCUUCAACAUUCAUUGUAUUACCAGUCAUAUAAUGUCACGGAUGUCUUGUUAUAAACAAUCAAGUUGCAGAGGAUGAGAAAUUAGUGAAAGAACAGAGCUUUUUACUU